AUGGUCCACGUGCGCGCGGUGCGCACUCUGGCGCUCACGGCGCUGGCGGUCGCGCUCGCCGCUUGUGCACAGGCCUCGACGGCAGGGGCAGCAAGAGAGCAGCCCGAGCGGAAGCUCCUGCUCGGCCUCAACGCGGCCGCCGAUCUGGACCACUUGACGAAGCCCCUGGAAGCAGCGCACGAGCCACAAAGUACGACGCCGGACGUGGCUCCACCGCCCGCGCCGACGGAGGAGCCGCCGCAACCGGACCAGCCGCCGGCGCCAGAGGCCCCAACGUCGGCCUUGGCGCCAGUUACGAACGCGUUGCCGGCGUCUUUGUUGGCGACGGAGGAAUCCCAUCACUCGAACGAGUCGCCGGUUCCCGCCCCAGAGACUCCGCCGUCGGUUUCGUCUGCUGAGACGAACCCGUUACCGCCGCCACCUCCGCCACCAGUGGAGGGACCACCCGAUGCGGAUGCGCCACCGCCUCCGGCGCCGGAAGUACCGUCGUCGGUCUUGCCUUCCAUUCCCGGCCUGACGCCGUUGCUGCCGUCACAGGAAUCGAAUGACCAAAAUGGAGCGUCGGGUCCUGCACCGAAUGCGCUUUUGCCGGUCGUGCCUUCCGUGACCGAAUCGUUGCUGCCGCCACCUCCGCCACCAGUGGAGGGACCACCCGAUGCGGAUGCGCCACCACCUCCGGCGCCGGAAGUACCGUCGUCGGUCUUGCCUUCCAUUCCUGGCCUGACGCCGUCGCCGCAGGAAUUGAAUGACCAAAAUGGAGCGUCGGGUCCUGCACCGAAUGCGCUUUUGCCGGUCGUGCCUUCCGUGACCGAAUCGUUGCUGCCGCCACCUCCGCCACCAGUGGAGGGACCACCCGAUGCGGAUGCGCCACCGCCUCCGGCGCCGGAAGUACCGUCGUCGGUCUUGCCUUCCAUUCCCGGCCUGACGCCGUUGCUGCCGUCGCAGGAAUCGAAUGACCAAAAUGGAGCGUCGGGUCCUGCACCGAAUGCGCUUUUGCCGGUCGUGCCUUCCGUGACCGAAUCGUUGCUGCCGCCACCUCCGCCACCAGUGGAGGGACCACCCGAUGCGGAUGCGCCACCGCCUCCGGCGCCGGAAGUACCGUCGUCGGUCUUGCCUUCCAUUCCCGGCCUGACGCCGUUGCUGCCGUCGCAGGAAUUGAAUGACCAAAAUGGAGCGUCGGGUCCUGCACCGAAUGCGCUUUUGCCGGUCGUGCCUUCCGUGACCGAAUCGUUGCUGCCGCCACCUCCGCCACCAGUGGAGGGACCACCCGAUGCGGAUGCGCCACCGCCUCCGGCGCCGGAAGUACCGUCGUCGGUCUUGCCUUCCAUUCCCGGCCUGACGCCGUUGCUGCCGUCGCAGGAAUUGAAUGACCAAAAUGGAGCGUCGGGUCCUGCACCGAAUGCGCUUUUGCCGGUCGUGCCUUCCGUGACCGAAUCGUUGCUGCCGCCACCUCCGCCACCAGUGGAGGGACCACCCGAUGCGGAUGCGCCACCGCCUCCGGCGCCGGAAGUACCGUCGUCGGUCUUGCCUUCCAUUCCCGGCCUGACGCCGUUGCUGCCGUCGCAGGAAUUGAAUGACCAAAAUGGAGCGUCGGGUCCUGCACCGAAUGCGCUUUUGCCGGUCGUGCCUUCCGUGACCGAAUCGUUGCUGCCGCCACCUCCGCCACCAGUGGAGGGACCACCCGAUGCGGAUGCGCCACCGCCUCCGGCGCCGGAAGUACCGUCGUCGGUCUUGCCUUCCAUUCCCGGCCUGACGCCGUUGCUGCCGUCGCAGGAAUCGAAUGACCAAAAUGGAGCGUCGGGUCCUGCACCGAAUGCGCUUUUGCCGGUCGUGCCUUCCGUGACCGAAUCGUUGCUGCCGCCACCUCCGCCACCAGUGGAGGGACCACCCGAUGCGGAUGCGCCACCGCCUCCGGCGCCGGAAGUACCGUCGUCGGUCUUGCCUUCCAUUCCCGGCCUGACGCCGUUGCUGCCGUCGCAGGAAUUGAAUGACCAAAAUGGAGCAUCGGGUCCUGCACCGAAUGCGCUUUUGCCGCAGAGCAACCAUCCGAUCCGAUUGUGCCGGCAACGAACUUGCUACCCGUCGGUCUUGCCUCCCGUGCCCGGCCUGACGCCGUCGCCGCCGCCGCAAGAAUUGAAUGACCAGAACGGGCCACCGGCUCCUGCACCGAAUGCGCUUCUGCCGGUCGUGCCUUCCGUGACCGAAUCGUUGUUGCCGUCAUCGCCGUCAGCAGAGCAACCAUCCGAUCCGAUUGUGCCGGCAACGAACUUGCUACCGUCGGUCUUGCCUCCCGUGCCCGGCCUGACGCCGUCGUCGCCGCCGCAAGAAUUGAAUGACCAGAACGGGCCACCGGCUCCUGCACCGAAUGCGCUUCUGCCGGUCGUGCCUUCCGUGACCGAAUCGUUGUUGCCGUCAUCGCCGUCAGCAGAGCAACCAUCCGAUCCGAUUGUGCCGGCAACGAACUUGCUACCGUCGGUCUUGCCUCCCGUGCCCGGCCUGACGCCGUCGCCGCCGCCGCAAGAAUUGAAUGACCAGAACGGGCCACCGGCUCCUGCACCGAAUGCGCUUCUGCCGGUCGUGCCUUCCGUGACCGAAUCGUUGUUGCCGUCAUCGCCGUCAGCAGAGCAACCAUCCGAUCCGAUUGUGCCGGCAACGAACUUGCUACCGUCGGUCUUGCCUCCCGUGCCCGGCCUGACGCCGUCGCCGCCGCCGCAAGAAUUGAAUGACCAGAACGGGCCACCUGCUCCUGCACCGAAUGCGCUUCUGCCGGUCGUGCCUUCCGUGACCGAAUCGUUGUUGCCGUCAUCGCCGUCAGCAGAGCAACCAUCCGAUCCGAUCGUGCCGGCAACGAACUUGCUACCGUCGGUCUUGCCUCCCGUGCCCGGCCUGACGCCGUCGCCGCCGCCGCAAGAAUUGAAUGACCAGAACGGGCCACCGGCUCCUGCACCGAAUGCGCUUCUGCCGGUCGUGCCUUCCGUGACCGAAUCGUUGUUGCCGUCAUCGCCGUCAGCAGAGCAACCAUCCGAUCCGAUUGUGCCGGCAACGAACUUGCUACCGUCGGUCUUGCCUCCCGUGCCCGGCCUGACGCCGUCGCCGCCGCCGCAAGAAUUGAAUGACCAGAACGGGCCACCGGCUCCUGCACCGAAUGCGCUUCUGCCGGUCGUGCCUUCCGUGACCGAAUCGUUGUUGCCGUCAUCGCCGUCAGCAGAGCAACCAUCCGAUCCGAUUGUGCCGGCAACGAACUUGCUACCGUCGGUCUUGCCUCCCGUGCCCGGCCUGACGCCGUCGCCGCCGCCGCAAGAAUUGGAUGACCAGAACGGGCCACCGGCUCCUGCACCGAAUGCGCUUCUGCCGGUCGUGCCUUCCGUGACCGAAUCGUUGUUGCCGUCAUCGCCGUCAGCAGAGCAACCAUCCGAUCCGAUUGUGCCGGCAACGAACUUGCUACCGUCGGUCUUGCCUCCCGUGCCCGGCCUGACGCCGUCGCCGCCGCCGCAAGAAUUGAAUGACCAGAACGGGCCACCGGCUCCUGCACCGAAUGCGCUUCUGCCGGUCGUGCCUUCCGUGACCGAAUCGUUGUUGCCGUCAUCGCCGUCAGCAGAGCAACCAUCCGAUCCGAUUGUGCCGGCAACGAACUUGCUACCGUCGGUCUUGCCUCCCGUGCCCGGCCUGACGCCGUCGCCGCCGCCGCAAGAAUUGAAUGACCAGAACGGGCCACCGGCUCCUGCACCGAAUGCGCUUCUGCCGGUCGUGCCUUCCGUGACCGAAUCGUUGUUGCCGUCAUCGCCGUCAGCAGAGCAACCAUCCGAUCCGAUUGUGCCGGCAACGAACUUGCUACCGUCGGUCUUGCCUCCCGUGCCCGGCCUGACGCCGUCGCCGCCGCCGCAAGAAUUGAAUGACCAGAACGGGCCACCGGCUCCUGCACCGAAUGCGCUUCUGCCGGUCGUGCCUUCCGUGACCGAAUCGUUGUUGCCGUCAUCGCCGUCAGCAGAGCAACCAUCCGAUCCGAUUGUGCCGGCAACGAACUUGCUACCGUCGGUCUUGCCUCCCGUGCCCGGCCUGACGCCGUCGCCGCCGCCGCAAGAAUUGAAUGACCAGAACGGGCCACCGGCUCCUGCACCGAAUGCGCUUCUGCCGGUCGUGCCUUCCGUGACCGAAUCGUUGUUGCCGUCAUCGCCGUCAGCAGAGCAACCAUCCGAUCCGAUUGUGCCGGCAACGAACUUGCUACCGUCGGUCUUGCCUCCCGUGCCCGGCCUGACGCCGUCGCCGCCGCCGCAAGAAUUGAAUGACCAGAACGGGCCACCGGCUCCUGCACCGAAUGCGCUUCUGCCGGUCGUGCCUUCCGUGACCGAAUCGUUGUUGCCGUCAUCGCCGUCAGCAGAGCAACCAUCCGAUCCGAUUGUGCCGGCAACGAACUUGCUACCGUCGGUCUUGCCUCCCGUGCCCGGCCUGACGCCGUCGCCGCCGCCGCAAGAAUUGGAUGACCAGAACGGGCCACCGGCUCCUGCACCGAAUGCGCUUCUGCCGGUCGUGCCUUCCGUGACCGAAUCGUUGUUGCCGUCAUCGCCGUCAGCAGAGCAACCAUCCGAUCCGAUUGUGCCGGCAACGAACUUGCUACCGUCGGUCUUGCCUCCCGUGCCCGGCCUGACGCCGUCGCCGCCGCCGCAAGAAUUGAAUGACCAGAACGGGCCACCGGCUCCUGCACCGAAUGCGCUUCUGCCGGUCGUGCCUUCCGUGACCGAAUCGUUGUUGCCGUCAUCGCCGUCAGCAGAGCAACCAUCCGAUCCGAUUGUGCCGGCAACGAACUUGCUACCGUCGGUCUUGCCUCCCGUGCCCGGCCUGACGCCGUCGCCGCCGCCGCAAGAAUUGAAUGACCAGAACGGGCCACCGGCUCCUGCACCGAAUGCGCUUCUGCCGGUCGUGCCUUCCGUGACCGAAUCGUUGUUGCCGUCAUCGCCGUCAGCAGAGCAACCAUCCGAUCCGAUUGUGCCGGCAACGAACUUGCUACCGUCGGUCUUGCCUCCCGUGCCCGGCCUGACGCCGUCGCCGCCGCCGCAAGAAUUGAAUGACCAGAACGGGCCACCGGCUCCUGCACCGAAUGCGCUUCUGCCGGUCGUGCCUUCCGUGACCGAAUCGUUGUUGCCGUCAUCGCCGUCAGCAGAGCAACCAUCCGAUCCGAUUGUGCCGGCAACGAACUUGCUACCGUCGGUCUUGCCUCCCGUGCCCGGCCUGACGCCGUCGCCGCCGCCGCAAGAAUUGAAUGACCAGAACGGGCCACCGGCUCCUGCACCGAAUGCGCUUCUGCCGGUCGUGCCUUCCGUGACCGAAUCGUUGUUGCCGUCAUCGCCGUCAGCAGAGCAACCAUCCGAUCCGAUUGUGCCGGCAACGAACUUGCUACCGUCGGUCUUGCCUCCCGUGCCCGGCCUGACGCCGUCGCCGCCGCCGCAAGAAUUGAAUGACCAGAACGGGCCACCGGCUCCUGCACCGAAUGCGCUUCUGCCGGUCGUGCCUUCCGUGACCGAAUCGUUGUUGCCGUCAUCGCCGUCAGCAGAGCAACCAUCCGAUCCGAUUGUGCCGGCAACGAACUUGCUACCGUCGGUCUUGCCUCCCGUGCCCGGCCUGACGCCGUCGCCGCCGCCGCAAGAAUUGAAUGACCAGAACGGGCCACCGGCUCCUGCACCGAAUGCGCUUCUGCCGGUCGUGCCUUCCGUGACCGAAUCGUUGUUGCCGUCAUCGCCGUCAGCAGAGCAACCAUCCGAUCCGAUUGUGCCGGCAACGAACUUGCUACCGUCGGUCUUGCCUCCCGUGCCCGGCCUGACGCCGUCGCCGCCGCCGCAAGAAUUGAAUGACCAGAACGGGCCACCGGCUCCUGCACCGAAUGCGCUUCUGCCGGUCGUGCCUUCCGUGACCGAAUCGUUGUUGCCGUCAUCGCCGUCAGCAGAGCAACCAUCCGAUCCGAUUGUGCCGGCAACGAACUUGCUACCGUCGGUCUUGCCUCCCGUGCCCGGCCUGACGCCGUCGCCGCCGCCGCAAGAAUUGAAUGACCAGAACGGGCCACCGGCUCCUGCACCGAAUGCGCUUCUGCCGGUCGUGCCUUCCGUGACCGAAUCGUUGUUGCCGUCAUCGCCGUCAGCAGAGCAACCAUCCGAUCCGAUUGUGCCGGCAACGAACUUGCUACCGUCGGUCUUGCCUCCCGUGCCCGGCCUGACGCCGUCGCCGCCGCCGCAAGAAUUGAAUGACCAGAACGGGCCACCGGCUCCUGCACCGAAUGCGCUUCUGCCGGUCGUGCCUUCCGUGACCGAAUCGUUGUUGCCGUCAUCGCCGUCAGCAGAGCAACCAUCCGAUCCGAUUGUGCCGGCAACGAACUUGCUACCGUCGGUCUUGCCUCCCGUGCCCGGCCUGACGCCGUCGCCGCCGCCGCAAGAAUUGAAUGACCAGAACGGGCCACCGGCUCCUGCACCGAAUGCGCUUCUGCCGGUCGUGCCUUCCGUGACCGAAUCGUUGUUGCCGUCAUCGCCGUCAGCAGAGCAACCAUCCGAUCCGAUUGUGCCGGCAACGAACUUGCUACCGUCGGUCUUGCCUCCCGUGCCCGGCCUGACGCCGUCGCCGCCGCCGCAAGAAUUGAAUGACCAGAACGGGCCACCGGCUCCUGCACCGAAUGCGCUUCUGCCGGUCGUGCCUUCCGUGACCGAAUCGUUGUUGCCGUCAUCGCCGUCAGCAGAGCAACCAUCCGAUCCGAUUGUGCCGGCAACGAACUUGCUACCGUCGGUCUUGCCUCCCGUGCCCGGCCUGACGCCGUCGCCGCCGCCGCAAGAAUUGAAUGACCAGAACGGGCCACCGGCUCCUGCACCGAAUGCGCUUCUGCCGGUCGUGCCUUCCGUGACCGAAUCGUUGUUGCCGUCAUCGCCGUCAGCAGAGCAACCAUCCGAUCCGAUUGUGCCGGCAACGAACUUGCUACCGUCGGUCUUGCCUCCCGUGCCCGGCCUGACGCCGUCGCCGCCGCCGCAAGAAUUGAAUGACCAGAACGGGCCACCGGCUCCUGCACCGAAUGCGCUUCUGCCGGUCGUGCCUUCCGUGACCGAAUCGUUGUUGCCGUCAUCGCCGUCAGCAGAGCAACCAUCCGAUCCGAUUGUGCCGGCAACGAACUUGCUACCGUCGGUCUUGCCUCCCGUGCCCGGCCUGACGCCGUCGCCGCCGCCGCAAGAAUUGAAUGACCAGAACGGGCCACCGGCUCCUGCACCGAAUGCGCUUCUGCCGGUCGUGCCUUCCGUGACCGAAUCGUUGUUGCCGUCAUCGCCGUCAGCAGAGCAACCAUCCGAUCCGAUUGUGCCGGCAACGAACUUGCUACCGUCGGUCUUGCCUCCCGUGCCCGGCCUGACGCCGUCGCCGCCGCCGCAAGAAUUGAAUGACCAGAACGGGCCACCGGCUCCUGCACCGAAUGCGCUUCUGCCGGUCGUGCCUUCCGUGACCGAAUCGUUGUUGCCGUCAUCGCCGUCAGCAGAGCAACCAUCCGAUCCGAUUGUGCCGGCAACGAACUUGCUACCGUCGGUCUUGCCUCCCGUGCCCGGCCUGACGCCGUCGCCGCCGCCGCAAGAAUUGAAUGACCAGAACGGGCCACCGGCUCCUGCACCGAAUGCGCUUCUGCCGGUCGUGCCUUCCGUGACCGAAUCGUUGUUGCCGUCAUCGCCGUCAGCAGAGCAACCAUCCGAUCCGAUUGUGCCGGCAACGAACUUGCUACCGUCGGUCUUGCCUCCCGUGCCCGGCCUGACGCCGUCGCCGCCGCCGCAAGAAUUGAAUGACCAGAACGGGCCACCGGCUCCUGCACCGAAUGCGCUUCUGCCGGUCGUGCCUUCCGUGACCGAAUCGUUGUUGCCGUCAUCGCCGUCAGCAGAGCAACCAUCCGAUCCGAUUGUGCCGGCAACGAACUUGCUACCGUCGGUCUUGCCUCCCGUGCCCGGCCUGACGCCGUCGCCGCCGCCGCAAGAAUUGAAUGACCAGAACGGGCCACCGGCUCCUGCACCGAAUGCGCUUCUGCCGGUCGUGCCUUCCGUGACCGAAUCGUUGUUGCCGUCAUCGCCGUCAGCAGAGCAACCAUCCGAUCCGAUUGUGCCGGCAACGAACUUGCUACCGUCGGUCUUGCCUCCCGUGCCCGGCCUGACGCCGUCGCCGCCGCCGCAAGAAUUGAAUGACCAGAACGGGCCACCGGCUCCUGCACCGAAUGCGCUUCUGCCGGUCGUGCCUUCCGUGACCGAAUCGUUGUUGCCGUCAUCGCCGUCAGCAGAGCAACCAUCCGAUCCGAUUGUGCCGGCAACGAACUUGCUACCGUCGGUCUUGCCUCCCGUGCCCGGCCUGACGCCGUCGCCGCCGCCGCAAGAAUUGAAUGACCAGAACGGGCCACCUGCUCCUGCACCGAAUGCGCUUCUGCCGGUCGUGCCUUCCGUGACCGAAUCGUUGUUGCCGUCAUCGCCGUCAGCAGAGCAACCAUCCGAUCCGAUCGUGCCGGCAACGAACUUGCUACCGUCGGUCUUGCCUCCCGUGCCCGGCCUGACGCCGUCGCCGCCGCCGCAAGAAUUGAAUGACCAGAACGGGCCACCGGCUCCUGCACCGAAUGCGCUUCUGCCGGUCGUGCCUUCCGUGACCGAAUCGUUGUUGCCGCUACCUCCGUCGACUAGUGUUUUUCCUACGACGGACCCUCAGGGGCCUGCUCCCGCGACUGGAAAUGAAAAUGGGCCCUUGAGCACAAAUUUGUAUCCACCUACGCCGAGUACGAUUGUAACCCCCGAUGGAGAUCUGAUGCCGGAGAGUCCUGAGAACGGCGCACUGCCGGGCCCCAGCACCCUUCCCGAUAAUGUUCUAUUGGCGCCGGUGACUUCUGAAAUACCGAAGCCGGAGACUGAGACUUCGCCGACAGAGAACGAUACACCACCUGACACUUCUUCCCUUGUUCGACCACUUGUGGAGUCCCCUUCGAUAGAGCCUUUUCCGUCUGUGAUCGAGAAACCAUCUUCGGAGAAGCCGUCUAAGACGAGUGGUGAAAGCGACUUGCCGGACCUGUCCAUGAGCGAAUAUAUGGAGUCACCGCCUCCAGUGGCGGCGCCUCCGAGCGAUUUAGAUGACAAUGUUGAAACGCCUACGUCGUCCGAACUUGUGCCAAAAACGCCUGCAGUGAUUAAGUCCCCAAUUGCUAUUGAGACGAAUCCGGAUAACGUGGAUGAGCAGGACGUGUCGGAGCAAGACGUGGCGGAGCAGAUCGAACAAAUCCGGUCCGAUGUGAUAAUGUAUGAUGAAUCCGCCACGCCCAUACCGGUAAAAAGUGGUUCGUAUGAUCCGUUCGCUAUCCCGGAUGAGAUUACCGAGAUUGAGAAGCCGGUUGUGCUGAACAUUGCGGGGAAUACGGGUAAAGGCGGUUUGGAGGACGCGAUGACCUACGUCCGGGGCAAGACGGCCGCCACUGACGAAGCCGGUGCUGCAGGUACCAACGUGAUUGGAGGACGUAAUACAUACGUGGACACGGAUGACAGCGAGGCGCUAUCAGCGUCAGCCGCGGCAUUCCAUGAUUUCUUGCGCUACGCAUCGGUGGCGUUUGCAGGUAUCUCGGUGGCGCUGCUUCUGUUCUUCCAUUUUGUCUCCCUGGAUGCCAAUUUGAUUUGGGUGAAUGCUGCGUGGAGCCCGAACACGUGGGAGUUCUUAUUCUACGUCGGCUACUUGCAGCAGAUGCAGGCCGCGUCGGAACUAACGCUUCUCAAGACUCCGUACUUUUUGUGGGAUUACACGGAUUCGUUCGCGUGGAGCAACUACUUGAUCCAGGACUCUUCCAGUGUCUCAAUUGAGUCUCGUCGUUUGGAAACGAUUGUACUGGGUGGCGUCGUAUCGUACGCUGAUCGUAUCGGUAUCUCGGAGGGGAGCAUUUUGACGCAAAGCGUCAUUGGAUUUGCCGUGAUCAUGGCCGUUCUUCUGGUCGUCUUCCUAGUGUUGGCUGUGAUGGCCAAGCGUAAGGCGGAGCGGGCACUGGACGAUUCCUCGGACUUGAACAACUACACCUCUGGUGUACACCGUCUCCGCAGCGUGUCCAUUCGCGCACUUGGACUGUGUGUGUUGGUUUGGUACUUUGCGCUUUUUCCGCUGAGCAUGCUGUCGUCGUUCGAAAUUUCGAUGCAAGUUCAGGCUUCCGCAAUCGCCGACGCGCUCGUGGUGGCCAUUAUUGCACUGGUGGUGGUGUGUUUUGGCGUGCUGGCUGUUGCUGGGCGUGUGAUCAUGCACAAGACUAAGGACGAGCUGGAGCAGUUUGAGAAUUUAGCUACGUGGGGCUCGCUCUACUGUGAGUACACUUAUCGCAGCCGGAUGUUUUUCGUGAUUGACGUGGUGGUCCAGAUCACGACCGGUAUUCUCGUGGGCUCCGCAGCAGGUGAUCCGACUCAGCUCAUAGUAGUCGUAGGCAUCCAAGCGCUGUAUCUCGCAUGCGUCUUCAUCAUGUCACCGUUCGCGGAACAAAUGGUGCUUCGCAUCACAUAUGCCCUGGGACUGCUCAAGAUUCUGAACUUUGGUCUGGCUUUCGCAUUCCUGAACUCGAACACCAUGUCGGCCACAGCUCGCACGCAUGUAGCCCACGCUUACGUCGGCAUCAACUCGGCCGUGAUCCUGUUCUGGUUCGUGCGCCAACUCAUUGUUUUCAGCACGUAUAUCCGCGCGUGGAUGGUACAUUCCAACAACGAGUCGCGCCGCAGCGAAUCUGUGAUCAAGUACGAUCCACAGACGGAUGCAGAGUCAGACUUGUGGGCCAGCCAGUUCAACGGCGGUCUCAACGAUAGCAGACUGAAUCACAACGGGUACAACCAGUCGGGUGCGACGCUGUCGAUGCCUCCAGGCUCUUCGGUGCACCCUUCGUCGUCGUCAUCAUCGUCGUACGACCUGGUUUCUUCGCAGCAGUCGAUGGCACCGUCUUUUGGCUCGGAGAUACAGCCGCAGCAGAUGCGCAAUUACGAGAUUGGCUUUUGA